GGAAAAAGCUCCUGCCUUUCUAGCAGAGGGUGAGUGAGGCAAAUAGAACCCAAACUGGGGGGUUUCUCUUCAAAGCCAGCUGGUCUGGCUUUAUUCUACAGGAAUUUUUUACCUGUCAGUUUAAUCAACGCAGCCCUCAGCAGGUGCUGACGGGUACAUCUUCCUGGAGAAGACGGGCACUGGUGCCGACUAAGAGUUGUAAACUGUGAAGUAACUACUAUGGAACAGAUUAAGUAAAGCACCGAAGGCGGAUGAUUUUCAAAAUAAAGAGGGUGUAUGUGCAGGAACAGAUGCAGAAGUCUGUGAAUUGAAUCGUGUAAGUGCUGAAGAAGGAGUCUUGGUUUGAGGAAACAGGAAAGAGGAAGGAAAGAGAAGAAGAAAAUACAUAAGUGUAGGAACGAACGAGAGAAGGAAAACGGGGACUAUGGGGAGAAAAAAGAUUCAGAUCACGAGGAUUAUGGAUGAACGUAACAGGCAGGUGACAUUUACGAAGAGGAAAUUUGGGUUAAUGAAGAAGGCUUACGAGUUGAGUGUUCUGUGUGACUGUGAGAUUGCUCUAAUAAUCUUCAAUAGCACCAACAAACUGUUCCAGUAUGCCAGCACUGAUAUGGACAAGGUGUUGCUGAAGUAUACAGAGUACAAUGAGCCACAUGAGAGUCGAACGAAUUCAGAUAUUGUUGAGACGUUGAGAAAGAAAGGACUUAAUGGCUGUGACAGUCCAGACCCCGAUGCUGACGAUUCAGUAGGUCACAGCCCUGAGUCUGAGGACAAGUACAGGAAAAUUAAUGAAGAUAUUGAUCUAAUGAUCAGCAGGCAAAGAUUAUGUGCAUUGAACAAGAAAGAAAACAAAGGCUGUGAAAGCCCCGACCCCGACUCCUCUUAUGCCCUCACCCCACGCACUGAAGAAAAAUACAAAAAAAUUAAUGAAGAAUUUGAUAAUAUGAUCAAGAGCCAUAAAAUUCCUGCUGUUCCACCACCUAACUUUGAGAUGCCGGUUUCUAUCCCAGUGUCCAACCACAACAGCUUGGUAUACAGCAACCCAGUAAGCACAUUGGGUAACCCCAACCUUUUGCCUCUGGCUCACCCUUCCUUACAGCGGAAUAGCAUGUCUCCUGGUGUGACACACCGGCCACCAAGUGCAGGUAACACAGGUGGCCUGAUGGGUGGGGACCUCACAACCGGUGCAGGCACCAGUGCAGGGAAUGGGUAUGGCAACCCCCGAAACUCACCAGGUCUGCUGGUCUCACCUGGCAACUUGAACAAGAAUAUGCAAGCAAAGUCUCCUCCUCCCAUGAACUUGGGAAUGAACAACCGUAAACCAGAUCUUCGAGUGCUGAUCCCACCAGGCAGCAAGAACACAAUGCCCUCUGUGAAUCAGAGGAUAAAUAACUCUCAGUCUGCUCAGUCAUUGGCUACCCCAGUGGUUUCCGUGGCAACUCCUACUUUGCCAGGGCAAGGGAUGGGAGGAUACCCAUCAGCCAUUUCAACAACAUAUGGUACCGAAUAUUCGCUAAGUAGCGCGGAUUUGUCGUCGCUCUCUGGGUUUAACACAGCCAGUGCUCUCCACCUGGGCUCAGUUACUGGCUGGCAACAACAGCAUCUACAUAACAUGCCGCCAUCUGCCCUCAGUCAGCUGGGAGCUUGCACUAGCACUCACUUAUCUCAGAAUACAAAUCUCUCCCUGCCUUCUGCUCAAAGCCUCAACAUCAAGUCAGAACCUGUUUCUCCUCCUAGAGACCGUACCACCACACCCUCGAGAUACCCACAGCACACGCGCCACGAGGCUGGAAGAUCUCCUGUUGACAGCUUGAGCAGCUGUAGUAGUUCGUAUGAUGGAAGCGACAGAGAGGAUCACCGGAACGAAUUCCACUCUCCCAUUGGACUCACCAGACCUUCGCCGGACGAAAGGGAAAGUCCCUCUGUGAAGCGCAUGCGGCUCUCUGAAGGAUGGGCGACAUGAUAACAUUAUUAGCGAUUAGGGUUUUUUUUUUCCUUGCAGUGUGUGUGCGUGUGUGUGCUAUACCUUAAAGGGGGAAUAGGGAGGGAGGGGGUCGAUAUGCAUUAUAUGUGCUGUGUGUGGGGAAAAAAAAGUCAGGUACUCUGUUUUGUAAAAGUACUUUUAAAUUGCCUCAGUGAUACCAUAUUAAAGAUAAACAGCAAUGCUGAGAUAAGCUUCGCACUUCAGUUGUACAACAGACACUUGUACAAAAUAGGUUUUAAGGUUAACUUCUUUUCACUGUUGUGCUCCCUUGCAAAAUGUAUGUUACGAUAGAUAGUGUCAUGUUGCAAUGUUGCAGGUUCAACGUUAUUUACAUGUAAAUAGACAAAAACAACAAAAAAAGGAAACAUGUGCCCGAUGUGGCAGAUCUUUACUAAGAGAGAAAGCGGCUGUUAUGCAACAUAUAAAAAAAAAAAUGUACAGUUGUUUUGGGAGACCCAGAAAUUGGAUGACCAAGGAGGGGGUGAAAUAGAAGAAUCUAGGUCACUUAAUGUAUCUGAAAUGCUCACAAAUGUGUUGGCAUAUCGUUUGAGUAUGGCACUCAGUGAAACGGAUCAAAAGCAUUUAAAAGAGGACCAUACUUGUAAAAAAAAAAUUUUUUUUUUUUUUAGUUUGAGGGCUAACCUAUUUAAUUUUUAAAAUUCUGGGUCUGCAUCACUUAUUAAAUAAAACUAUAAAAAUAUGUAAAUUACAUUUUCCUUAUUUUCAUAUUAAAAAGUAAGACAGAGUUCGCAAAGCAUUGUGGCUUUUUGUAGUCGACUUAAGCCAAAAUGUGUUUUCUUCCCUUCAUAGCUUCGCCAAUAUUUUAAACAGCCCUGAAAGAAACAAACAGGGACUUUUUUGUAUAGAAAGCACUACCCUAAGCCAUGAGGAACUCCAUGCUUUGCUAACCAAGAUAACUGUUUUCUCUUUGCAGAAGUUUUGUUUUUGAAAUGUGUAUUUCUAAUUAUAUAAAAUAUUAAGAAUCUUUUAAAAAAAAUCUGUGAAAUUAACAUGCUUGUGUAUAGCUUUCUAAUAUAUAUAAUAAUUAUGGUAAUAGCAGAAGUUUUGUUAUCUUAAUAGUGGGGGAAUUAUAUUUGUGCAGUUGCACAUUUAAGUAA